AUGCGUCUGAAUAAAGAACGUGGCACAUCAUCAAAACAAUCAUCACAACCGGAUCAGCCAAAUAGUAGCGUUCAACCGGAGAAUGCAGAAACGAAGGCAACAACGACCGAUUCAAAAUCUCAAUGGCUAUCAGCACAUAAUGAUUUUGUCGCUGGGCUUAAUACAGUGUCAAGUUGUAUGGAAUUAUCUGACUUAUGGGGUGACGGAUCCAUAAAUCUAAUUCUAGCUGAUUAUGGAAACAUUCUUUUACCAAAAUUACAAGUUAAGCUUAAAGUUUUUAAAGGAUUUACCGUUGCCAAAGAAAGUAAUCUGACUGAUCUACCUUGUGCCGUAGUUGCUUGUUUCAUGGAUAAUCUUCAACCUCGUGUUCCAGCAUUAGCUGUUGCUUCGGGAUCUGCUGUAUUUGUUUUCAAAAGUUUAAGACCGUAUUAUAAGUUUACUUUACCACAGCUAGAGAUUCACGAAGUAGAAAAAGAAGUUUGGGCGAAAGCAAAAGAGGGCAACAUAGAUGUUCGUGCAAUGAACGGUGUACUAAAUGAACUUAAUCGGAGUAAUACAGUUCCACUCACAUAUAAAUCAUUGAUGUUUUUACGAUUAGCAAGUCGAGAUGAAGCACUUCAAUUUGUAGAAGCAUUUAAAAAUACGGAACUGAAACGACAAAGUUCUAUAACAUGCAUGAAAAAAUUAAAUAAAACUUCAGCCGAUGAAGAUGCUCUUAGCUGUUUGGUAGUUGGUACGGAGGACGCUAAAAUCUAUAUUAUUGAAUCAGAAGCAUUUACAAUCUUAGCAACGAUGAAAUGUCCAUCUCCUCCAGCUUAUCUUAAUGUUUCCGGGGGAAAACGAUAUUGGAAACAUUCAUUACCAUCGAUUAUUACUGCCAUGUGUUUGAUUGAUUAUAGACCAAAAGCAUUUCAGGCUGUGGCAGUUGCAUUAGGAAAUAAUGAAAUACAUUUGUAUAAAGAUAAAUUUUUAGUUGAUGUGAUUCAAGUUGAUGAUGUUGUACAUGCAAUGCGUUUUGGACGUUUCGGACGUGAAGAUGGAACGUUGAUCAUGAUUACAAAAAAUGGUGGUCUAAUUGUGAAAAUUUUGAAACGUACUGCAACAUUUGAAGACACCGAUGUACUACAUGGACCUCCAAAAGAACAAAAUAUGAAAAUUGAUGUACCCAAGCGAACAAAAUUAUAUGUUGAUCAAACGCUUCGUGAAAAAGAAUUAGCUGAAACCAUGUAUCGAGUAUUUCAACAAGAUUUGAUACGUCUGAAAUUUCUUGCUGGUAAAGAGUUUCUAAAAUCGAUUCAAUCCGGUUUAACUCCAGUGGCAAAAACUAAGACAGAAACAAUCAGAAUUAAUGCUGAAAUACCUAUAUUAGUGAACGGAAUGGAAUAUGGAUUUUGUACAUUUGUUAGUUGUAUAACAGACAAAGUUAUAUCCGAUACUGUGAAGGUACUGGUAUGUCGUCGUGACACAAACACACCACUAUUAUCAGCAGUUAUUAAUAUGCCUGUUGCAGAACCUAUUCUCAAUGUUUAG